CUUUCCCGUCUGCCAUCUAAUCUCCCCAUCACUUAUUCUUCAUCGCGUUUCUCUCGAGCUAGGUUAUGCCUGUUCCGCCGCACAAAGAGUUUUAACUGACGCAACCAGUUUCCGAUUUGCAGUUCUCUUAACUGGGUUUGUGUAAUUUUUCUACGCGCUCCUCCAGGAAUGGCGAGAAUAUCGAUUCUGCUGCUGCCGCUGAUUCCCCGCCACCAGUAAAAACAGCUGUGCUCUUUUUCCUUCGCUUUUUUCUCGUGUCUCGCGUUUCGGGUAAUUCAAGUGUUGGGGUGCGAAAGAUGAAGGGAAUUAUGGAUUGGGUUUUCCCUCAGCUGUUGGUCAAAUCUCUGGCCUCGUUAUCACCUGGUGGCUUCAGUGGCCCGCCUCCAGUGGAUCAACGUGCUGAUGACAUAGAUUUAACCACCAAUUCGGAGGCAUUGCCACUGCAUUCAGGGGCGCCUUGUUCCAUUGAGAGUAGACGGGAGAGUGGAACUGAUACCACUACUCCCCAGCAAGUAGUCGAAGCAGCUUCCCAGCCAUGCAAUCACUAUGUUGAGGGAAGAAAGACGGAUCCUUUGGCAAGGAUUGAAGAUCUCAAAAUCAAGCUCUUUCGUCUGCUUCAACGGUUCAGUUUGUCCUCAGACAAUCUCCUUGUGGCGAAGGUUUUAUACAGGAUACACAUUGCGACUUCGAUUCGAGCUGAGCCACCAGACAGAGUGAGAAACACUAGGGCCAAAGCGAUAGCAGCAGCUCAAGAGUCUUCCGGCUCACCUGAACUGGACUUCUCCUUGAGAAUACUUGUACUUGGGAAAACAGGAGUUGGGAAGAGUGCGACCAUAAACUCAUUACUGGAUGAAAGAAAGACAAUCACUAGUGCAUUUCAACCGGCCACUGACCGUAUACAAGAGAUCAGUGGCUCUCUCAAUGGGGUUAGAGUAACUUUCAUAGAUACACCUGGUUUCUCUCCAUCAUCGACCAGCAGUGUUAGAAGAAAUCGAAAGAUCAUGCUCUCUGUCAAAAGAUUCAUCAGGAGAUCCCCUCCAGACAUUGUUUUAUUCGUCGAGCGCCUCGACCUCAUCAACAUGGGUUCUUGCGACUUCCCACUGCUGAAGCUAAUGACGGACGUUUUCGGGAAUGCUAUUUGGUUCAACACCUUGAUUGUAAUGACUCAUGCUUCCUCUUCCCUUCCAGAAGGAACUGGUGGAUAUCCUGUCAGCUAUGAAUCAUAUGUGAAUCGGUGCUCUGAGUUGAUGCAACACUACAUCCACGAAGCAGUUCUUGACUCGAAACUCGAGAACCCUGUGAUUCUUGUGGAGAAUCAUCCUCAGUGCGUGAAGAAUACCCGUGGUGACGCUAUUCUUCCGAAUGGUCAGGUCUGGAGAUCUCAUUUUAUGCUAUUGUGCAUUUGCAGUAAAGUUCUUAGUGUUGCGAGCAUCAUAACUGACUGA